UUUGUUUGGUUUGGGGUAAUGCUAUUACACCCUGAUUCCGUUCCGCAUCUAUUACGGACGUUGGCUGUAAUAGCCAUUCUGAUCUUCAAGCACGGAUUAGGGAUUCCCCCCCAAUUCCUUACCAUCUUUUCCAUUUUCUGCCCUCAUCCUCUCCGAUGUUUUGCAAGAUGACAACAUUGAAAGCCAAAGGGAGGGCGAGGGCAGUGGAAAUAGAAAGGAAAAAUGAGCUUAAAACAUCACCAUAAUUCCAACUCCGCAACAGCUGCUUAAUCUCUCUCUUUUGAUGACAUUGCCGACUUCUUCUCUCUUCCCCUUGACGACGCUGCUUCCACUCUUGGCGUUUGCACCUCUGUUCUCAAGAAAAUCUGCCGUGAAAAUGGUCUCGACAGAUGGCUUCACUGCAAGGCUGCUACUGCAUAUUCAAAGGGAGAGUUGGAGUACGCGGCUUAUCUUUCUGAUCAGGUGUGUUUUCUACUUGGGGGAUGUUAUGAAUCAUGUGUUGCAUAUAAGUUCAAGAUGUGAUGCCAUGUCAUUGGCAAAUUUUGAAAAGGAAACACUGGCAGCAAAAAUGAAGCAACAUGAGAACUGGGGAUAAUAUCUCAUAAUUUUUUACUUGUCUUCUUCUUUGCUUGACAUAAAUAUGAUGUCUUAUGUCAAAACUCAUGCCAAGGGUUGGCUUUAAAAUAAAAUUCUGACUUGAUAAUACCUUGCAUCUGAGUAGGAAAAGAUACAAAAUAAAUUGGCACGGGAAGCAGAUGAAAGGGCAAGCUAGAAUAUAUUUAAAGCUAGGUUAGUCCUUGUAUAACUAACUGAAAGGGCAGGCUGUAAAUUCUUAUCAACAAAGAUAGAGUUGCUGCGUUCUUUUACUUUCAUUAGAAACUCGGUUUGGUAUGGAGCAUCUUUCCUACUGCAGGUAACCUAUUUGUUUGACAAGAUGGAAGAAUGUUUGGGGAUUGUUUUGCUUGAAGCGUUGCAGAAUGGCGCGACAGUGCUAGAUUUAAAGAAGUUGGAAAAUCUAUUUUAUUAUAUUUUUGAUACUUAAAGUUGGGGAGUUUCCAGUGACACCCUAGUUGUUUUAUCUUCGAUUUUGUUGCUGGCAUGAGUUGAUUUGUUUAGCAUUUUAUAGAAUAGAUGAAUUAGUCAUAUUGUAUCUGUUACGUGGAUUAUGGUUCAUGGCUUUAUCUUACAAUAAUCCUUGUAUUAACCUAUUCAUCCAACAAUAAUUUCUUGUUCUGUUGGAUUCA